AUGGGCCUGCUGGGCAUCAGCCUCCUCGUCGCUUCCGUGGUCUACAUCUGCCUGCGGCCAGAGCCGUUGAUGAACUUUCUGGGCCAGCUCUGGCGAGGCCAGGGCAGGGUCGAGGCGCCGCUUGCAACGUCUCAGAACGGAGCUGCUGCACAGGCAGACGCAGCUAAGAAACUUGCCAGCAAUGGCCAACCUACGCACUCGGCCGCCGGCAAGGCAGACGCCGACCGUGCCGCAAUGCCCCCUCCACCGCCGGUGAUACAACGAGUGCCGGCGCCGGAUAUCUCCACGACGGGCCCCGACGAAGAGGAGGGAGAGGAGCAGACGACACCCAAGGCCGCCGCCACCGAGCCAGCUUCUUCCGUGCCGACCUUCUCCCUCACCUCCGACGACCAAGAUGAACCAGACCACGACGACGUCCCGUCCAACCCACCCAUGUUCCCAGCCGCCAACUCGGCGCAGCGCGCCCGAGGCCCCGUCACCGGCACCGGCACCGCUGCCACCUCCACCACGAUGCCACCGCCGCCUCCUCCUCCCUCACUCUCCACGCCAAAUGCUAUGGCCCCUCCUCCCCGACCAACCCCAGCCGCCCUCUCACCAAACGCCAUGCCGCCCAAACUCUCCCCGCUCCCGAACCGCAACCUCCCCCUCCCCAACCGCGGCCCUCUCGCAACCCAACAACAAGCCCGCGGCGGCGGCGGGGGUGGUUCCUCGCUCGCCCUCCCGCCAACGCACACCACCAAGCCCGCCUCCAAGAAGGUCCAGCUCACGCCCGGCCACUCCCCGCUGGACUGGGCCCGCCUCUCCUCCUCCCCGACCUCGGACCUGCGCAACCUGCCCGCCUCGACGCCCUACCUGCGCGUCACGCCCUCGGUGCUCAGGGCCAUGAACGGCCGCAAGGGCAGGGACGCCUGGACCGCGCUCGGCGGCCGCGUGUACAACAUCACGCCCUACGUGCCCUUCCACCCGGGCGGCGCGGGCGAGCUGCUCCGGUGCGCCGGCAAGGACGGCAACAAGCUCUUCGGCGAGGUGCACCCCUGGGUCAACUACGAGACCAUGCUGGCGGCCUGCCUCGUGGGCAUCCUGGUCGAGGAAGGCGAUACUGGUGCCUCGCAGAUGGACGAGAUGGACUGA